GCCUGUACCUCUGACACCCCCAGCACCUACAGUCCUUUCAGCUCCUUCAGUUUCUUCAGUUACAAACGAGUCUGCGCAGGAAGCAAAGACUGGAGGAAAGAUUUCUCCAUCAAGCAGCAUGAACAAGAGGGAGAAGAAAAUGACCAGUUCUCUUCAGCCUUCUGGGGAGAAGGUGUCAGGAAAGGAGGGGAACCCCGUGGACAAACUAUCCAGACUCCAGCACGAGGUGUUCACGCUCACUGAGGAGCUCAAGUCACAAAAGGAGCUGGUGCGACUCCUUCACAAGGCCCUGGAGGCAGCACAGCAGGAGAAGAGGACCAGCAAACAGUUCCUGGCAGCAGCAGGGGAGCAGGAGUGGCUGGAACUGGUGCGGCACAAAGAGGUGUAUCACAGACCUGGACGGCCGCCUGGAGGCCCUGCUCAAAGACAAGGAGGAGCUGGAGCAGCGGCUGGCCAUGCAGGACUGCCAAGUGAAUGAGCUGCAGCAGCACGUGCAGCUCAUGAUGGAGAAGAACAACGCCAAGCAGGAAGUCAUCCUCAAGCUCUCCGAGCAGGUGGCCGCCUGCAUGGCUGACCCCCAGCGUACCGUAGCCAACUCCAUGGGCACAGAGACCUUCUGCAGGCUGCACGAGAAGAUUGAGCACCUCAAGGACGAUAUAGAGGCGCACAAGAUCCAAAACAAGUUCCUCAACUCUGAAAUCUACCAGCUUACUAAGCUGUGGAGGAACAGUUCAGAAGAGAAGGGCCUCCUGAUGAAGACACCCUUAUCUAGGGCGACUUACAAUUGUUACACAUGGAGAGGCUGACAGCCGAGCUGCUGGAGCUGGAGAGGAUACAGGAGGAGUUUGUGAAAGAACAACGCAAAGACAAGGACCUGGACACUGCUGUCUGCGAAGACGAAGAAGUAAUACAGACUGCAGUUAGCUUGCAUCACACGUCCUGACGUUUUUGAAAAAUUACACAUCACUGAUACUAUUUAAACUAAUUUGUUUGCCUUAUUAUUCCCUGCUGUGGAAUAUAGUGGGGCUUACAUAUUGUGUAUGUCACACAUACAUCUAACUGUUAUCCUUUGUCUGUUGUUGAGUAUAUAGGUAUGUCAGGCUUACAUUUUUACAUGUACAGUUCGGCUCUUAUUUUGUAAUGGCGCGUGAUGUACCGACAUACUUGUUUUAGAGUCAACAAAUUAAGUUUACCAAACCUGUCAAAAUGCAGAAUAUUAAUGGAAAUAGGUGUGUUGGUAAUACACACACACUACAUCUCUGAAUGCUUGACUUCAAAUCCAGUUUAAGUCACACAUGAAAGGAGUAUGGUGGUCCUAAGCCCUCGGCUUCCACAUCACAAAACCAACACACAGUGCAGCACAAUUGGCACAAAGGAUAAACCUGUUUCUUAUCUCAUAAAACAGCCUUUUACUAUAAUUAUCAUCUGUCAGUCUCUGAAUUUCUUCAAUCAGCAGUUCCAUUCCACUCAGAUCAGUUCAGUAAAUUCAUUAUUUUGUAGUUUCCCAAGAAAACAAAAACUCAUUGGAGAUUUUGAAAAUUAAUGUCUUGAAAUGUGAUUAAUUUAGGCCAGGGUAAUCUGAACAAGUACAGAGAUUCCAGUUACUUUUCAGACCGGCAACCAGGUUCCAGAUUUUCUAAACGAGACUAUCUCUGAAAUAAACUUAUUUUUUAUGCAUUGGUUGUUUGUUUAUAUUCCUGUAAAUUGCAUAGUUCAGUUAUUGCUAAGUUAAGAGGAAGACGUUGCUUUGUUUAAUUAUGUUAAAUUGUAUGGCAAUCCUUCAUGAUUUGCAUGAAUUCACUUAGGUUUAGAGGUACAGUUUUAAUUCAUGUACCUCUGAUAAACCUAAACUAAGUGACGAAAGCAAAAACACAAACGUUUUUUACUUGAGCUUGAAAAGGAAAAAAUAGGAUGAAUACAGUGCUAUAUAUACUGUGUGUGUGUG